AACAGGGAAAAGUUGCAAGCACAUGCUUGCAUGUGUGUGAACCGGUGCAGAGCGUCUGCCUUAGCGUGAGUGUUUAUUUGCGUACAUGACCAGGGGUGUGCCUCCAUCAGAAAUAUAAAGGAACUGAGGAGUGAAAUAAGGAUUAAAGGCUAAGAGAAAAUUGAACUAUCUCGGAUACUGAUACUGAGCUCUAUUUCUUCAUCGCUUCUUUGGCAUCUGUCAUCAAAUAGCAACAUGGCAGAAGAACAAAAGUUGUCAGAAACAUCUGUCCAGCUGACUGAGGCCGCUCCACAGACUGUGGGCAGUGGUUUUACCGCCCCAGGAAACAUUUAUUCAGCCAUUUUAAGCCGCAACGACGCUGUUAAAGAUGCUAGGCGUCUCAAGGACUUUCAGGAGCUCAGAGACAAAUAUGUACUUAAGAAAGUGCUGUUUGAAGACCCGCUGUUCCCUGCCCAAGAUUCCUCUCUCUUUUACAGUGAAAAGUUCCCUCUAAAGCUUGAAUGGAAGCGCCCGUCGGAUAUCUGUAGCAAUCCACAGUUCAUUCUUGGGGGAGCCAACAGGACAGAUAUCUGCCAAGGAGACCUGGGAGACUGCUGGCUGCUGGCUGCCAUUGCUUGCCUGACCCUUAAUGAUGUAGUUCUGAAGAGGGUGGUUCCUCAUGACCAGAGCUUCAUUGAAAACUAUGCUGGCAUUUUCCAUUUCCAGUUCUGGCGCUAUGGGGAGUGGGUGGAUGUGGUUGUGGAUGAUCGACUUCCUACAUACAGAAACCAGUUAGUGUUCACCAGGUCUGGACAGAAGAAUGAAUUUUGGAGUGCUCUUCUGGAGAAGGCAUAUGCAAAACUACACGGCUCUUAUGAGGCUUUAAAGGGAGGAAACUCACUGGAAGCCAUGGAGGACUUCACUGGAGGAUUAACUGAGUUCUAUGAGAUUACAGAAGCCCCGAAGGAGCUGUACAACAUCAUGAGAAAGGCUCUGAAGAGAGGGUCCCUCAUGAGCGCUGCCAUUGAUGUUUUGGUUCCAACUGCUCAAAGGACUAAAACAGCAUCUGGACUUGUGACAGGCCAUGCAUAUUCAAUCACUGGCGUCGAGCAGGGUAAACGCAAGGAUGGAAAAGACCUAAUGAUCCGUCUGGUUCGUGUGCGAGACCCCUGGGGAGUUGCCCCGCCUCCUGCCUGUAAGUCUAAUGACUGGGUUGCACUAGCCACAUCUGAGCAAGACAAGGAGAGACUCAGACCUACAGAACAAGGGGAGUUCUGGAUGUGCUUUGAGGAAUUUAAGAAGAACUUCACCAAACUGGAGAUCUGUAAUCUCACCCCAGACACUCUUGAGGAUGACCAGAUGCUCAAGUGGAAUGUGACCAUACAUGAGGGCCGAUGGGUGAAAGGUUGCUCUGCUGGUGGCUGCAGAAACUUUCCAGAUACAUACUGGACAAACCCUCAAUUCCGCCUGGUUCUUUUGGAGGCGGACACUAAAGAGAAGACCUGCACGGUGGUGGUGGCAUUAAUGCAGAAGGGCAGAAGAAAAGAGCGCAGCUUAGGUGCCACCCUAUACAACAUUGGGUUCGCCAUCUAUGAGGUUCCUAAAGAGAUGAAGGGCAACCAACAACAGCUGCAAAAGGAUUUCUUCCUGUAUAAUGCUUCCACAGCUCGCUGCAAGUCUUACGUCAACAUGCGUGAGGUGACGGAGCGCUUCUGCCUGAAACCGGGCGAGUAUGUCAUCAUUCCAUCCACCUUCGAUCCCCACAAGGAAAGCGAGUUUCUGCUCAGAGUCUUCUCUGAGAGCAGGAGCAGCUCAGAGGUUAUAGAUGGAGAGAUUGAGGUGGAGCCUGUGACGGAUGUCAAGAAGAAAAUCAAGCCAUUUGAGGAGGAGGAGACUGAAGAGGAAAAGCAGUUCAGAGCCAUCUUUCAGCAGAUAGCUGGAGAUGACAUGCAGAUUAAUGCCAAUGAACUCAGAACUGUCCUUAACAGAGUGGUAACCAAACAUAAAGAGUUGAAAACAGAGGGUUUCUGUCUGGAGAGCUGCAGAAGUAUGAUUGCACUUAUGGAUACCGAUGGGACAGGCCACCUAAACCUGCAAGAGUUUAAACACUUAUGGAACAAGAUUAAAACGUGGAAGCUGGUGUUCACACGUUAUGACACAGACAAAUCCAGUACGAUCAGUAGUUUUGAGAUGAGGAAUGCUCUUACUGAAACAGGUUUUCAACUCAACAAUCAGCUGUAUGACAUCAUUUGUAUGCGAUACGCCAAUGAACACAUGGAGUUGGAUUUUGACAGCUACAUUAGCUGCUUAGUGCGACUCGAGGGAAUGUUCAGGGCAUUCAGAGCCUUUGACAGGGACGGAGAUGGCAUUAUCAAACUCAGUGUUUUUGAGGUGAGCAGCAACAUUUUUUUUCUUCAUUUGUUUAUUGAAUAUUAACAGAAAAAAUGUUUUUACAAG